AUGGACGGAGUAAUCUCCGACGCAGCUGUGGAAACAGUGACAAGGGCCGCAAUGGAUUUGUCUCUGUCAGGAGCAGGAUUUUCUAUUUCACUCAAGAUUGACAACCCCUGGUUAGCGGGAGCUGUAAGUCUUGGUGCAUUAUCGUUAGGUGCUUUCUACCUCGCCCGUAAGGGGCCCGCGGAGGGUGCCAUAAAAAGAGCCUUAGAAAGGACUCUAUUCCGCGAUGUGGAUCCUGAAGUUACCAAUAUCACAGAUGGACAUUCCAUCUUGGUGGAAUUGCAAUGUCACUCAGAGAUGAGUCUGUUGUUAUUUCUGGAAGACUAUGAGUCGAAAACAAUCAAGUUUAGAUUGGAAAAGGAGUUAAAAAAAAUUGGAUUUAAUGAUCAAUUAGAAGUCGUUAUUCAGAAUGAAGGAUUGGUGAACAAGGAAGCAACAGAGAUAAGGUAAGGAUUUAACACUUUGACUUCCUAUAGUGAUCAGAAAGUACUUUCUCUUUGCAAUGUGAACACACUUUAAAGCAAACAGGUGGUGGGAAUAAAGAAACAUCAACCGAGGAAUAUUAUUCGAUUUCACACCAAAUUCCUAGAACUAACUCUGUACGAAAUGUGUGGCAGAUUGUAAGGAAUAUUUCUGUCAAGAUCAAAGAAGUGAAAGAGUUAAUUGGGGGGCCCUAUGCUGUUUAAGUUCGGGGAAAAUUGUUUUGUUGUGAAGUUGGAUCCUCAUUUCCGCUUGCGAAAUGACCAAAAUUAAACAAAGAUUCAAUUUAAAAAUUUUUACAUUGAGGCUACGUAAUCGUGCGGAUGGUUUUCGUCAGAGAUUAGCUUUCACAAUUGAUUUCUGACGCAAGAAACUAACGAACAAGAAGAGAAUUAACAAACAAGUGAAUGAUGAAUUAAUGGAUAGAUUAAUACAUGCAGGCAUGAAUGAUUGAUAACUGAAUAUGUUUACUGCAGAGAGAGACAUGCCACCCAGAGAAAAACGCUCUCAUUAGAAAACUGGCAUGAAAGGUAUGAAGAACUCGCAGACAUGAUCAACAAACUCUUUGAAAUGCAAGUGCAUGCUCCUCAGGAAACUGGAAGGCCCAAGAAUCCGAGAACUAGAGAACCUUUACAUCAGUUACAAGAGCUGGAGAAGGUCUUGGAGGGAUCAACAAGAGCAAACGACUUACACGAAAAUGAUAGUGAUGGAUUCCAGAAAUCUAACGUUAUAUUGGAGGAGCUGAGCGGUGUUAAGGAAACAUUAAAACGAGAAAUGACAAUAUCCAGGGGCUUGCGAAGAACCGUUGAAAAGCUUCAAGAAGAAAACAGGCGACUGGGAAAAAGUUCAGAGCCCGCAAAUGUUCAUGGAACAAAUGAUGGGAAAGAUGAAAGUCUCCAGUUGAAGAGUUUGACCAAGGAAAAGACCGAUGAGAUUAAAGCAUUAGAGAGUUAUCUCCUGGAGCUGCGUGAAAAAGUGCAUGAGCUGGAGAAAGAAAACGAAUCGUUGCAGCAAAAGUUGAAGAAAAAGAUUGGAGGCGAGGCGUCAUGGCUGACGGUCACUCAUUUCGAUUCUCCGGUUUUCUUUGUUUUAUUCUCAGUUUAAUUCUUCUAUAUCGCGGAAAAACGACUGAUCAGGGCCAAUCUCAAAUGUUCCCGCGUUUAGCUGACGAUUUCUUCUUGGUUCUACAAGAUGAUUUUGUAGUUUCAAUGAACUUAAAUAUCUUCACAGCGUCCUGGACUAGGCGACAUAUUGUUUUGCCAAUCCUUCGAAGAGGUUUUUCUUCGUCAAGAAUCAGUUAUUAUCCUAACUCUGUUGCAAGUUACCAAACUAUUCUUCUCCAGUUGAGCGGCGACGUAAACCCAAAUCCUGGUCCAAAUGGAGCCGAGCGGCACAAUUUUACGGAACAGCAAAAGUCCUCUCGUCUUCUAACCUUUUAUGCUAAUGCACGAAGCAUCGUCAACAAAUCAAGCAAAUUGGAUUUAGCCAUUGCCGCUCUGGGCUAUGAUAUAAUUGUUUUAACUGAAACUCAUCUGGACAGCUCCAUCCCUGACGGUGAAAUCUUUCCUAGUAACUACUCGGUAUUUAGGCGGGACCGAAAGCUCAAUGGACGUCAUGGAGGAGGGGGUAUUGAUUGCUACGCGAGAACACAUCAAAGCGGUUCCCCGUGAUACUACACAGAACGAUUCAGAGUUCAUCUUCGUCGAUCUUCUUUUCUCAUACAAUCGCAAAGUCACUUUGGGAGUUUUCUAUCGUCCUCCCAAUAACGAUCCUAAGCCUUUAGAGGACUUACAAGCUGUUUUGCAAGAGUUUUCGACGAACGAGUUGAUUCUUGUUGGCGAUUUCAAUCUUCCGGAGAUUGAUUGGUUGAAUAACAGAUUCUUGCGUCAAUCUGAUAUUUACACACUCAUGAUGGACAUCGUCCAAGACAUUUUUGACACAGUUGAUAAAUGAACCUACCAGAGACUCGAACAUCCUAGACUUAGUUCUCACUACUUCGCCCGACCUCGUAAACCAUUUGGUUGUUGGAGAACCCUUUUCAGAUCACAAUUCUAUCUCCUUCUCGUUAUCUGGUAUACCUUACGUCCAGCGUAAAUCACAGAAGUUGUUGUAUUGCUAUGGUAAAGCCGACUGGGAUCACUUAAGAUCGCUGUUAUCUUAUAUUCCAUGGCAUUGCGCCUUCUUCGACAGCGAUAUUAAUCAUAAUUGGGCUUGCUGGAAAGACUUGUUAUUUACAGCAGUGGAUGAGUGCAUUCCCAAACGCAAGAAUAAAAAGAGAUCCAGUGCCCCUGGAUUACACAGGAACUUAUUGUUUUGUGCAAAAAGAAGAAAUUAUUGUAUAAUAGAGCUCGCAGAAAAAAACAAUUCAACUAUUUGGGAAAAAUAUCGGCAACUCAACAAUUCUGUUAAGAGACUUUGUAACACAGCUAGAUGGUCGUAUAUAAAGAAACUUGCACUUGAUCUACAGGAAAAUGAAAACCCGAAACCUUUCUGGAAUUUUGUUAAGUCCAAGAGAAGAGGCACUAAUAAUCUCAUCUCUAUAAGCGUCGAUGGAUGUGCUCUGACUGACGACUUCAGUAUUGCUCAGAGUAUGAACUCAUAUUUCUCUUCGGUGUUUACUACCGAAGAUUAUGCAAAUUUUCCCACUCAAGACUGCACUGUUGACAAGAAACUUGCGAAAAUUGAUUGUUCUGUCAAUGAGGUCAAACGCCAUCUUCUGAAACUCAAGCCCAACAAGUCUCCUGGGCCUGACCAUAUCGCGCCGUGCAUUUUUAAGUCGUGUGCUUCGGAAUUAGCACCUUCGUUAACGUAUAUGAUAAACAAAUCGUUGUCUCUUGGCCUUUUGCCUGAGGAAUGGAAACAUGCCGACAUUACUCCUCUACAUAAGAAGGGUUCCAAAUCUUCGAGAGAAAAUUACCGCCAAAUUUCCCUUACUUCAAUUGCUUGUAAGAUCUGUGAAAAAAUUGUUUUUGAUAGGAUGAUUAAGUUCUGGCGCGAAAUCGACUUUAUCAAUAGCAACCAAUUUGGCUUUUUACGAGGAAGAUCUACUACAACUCAAAUGUUAUCAACGUUUAAUGACUGGGCGAAAUCCCGUAAUUCAUCCACUCCUACCGAUGUUGUUUUUUCUGGAUCUUGCCAAAGCCUUCGACAGCGUUCCUCAUGAGCGACUGCUUUUAAAAUUGAAAUGUAGCGGCAUCGACGAAUGUUUACUCAACUGGCUGAGACACAUUUUUGGUGGGGCGCAAACAACGUGUAGUCGUUAGGGGAUCUUAUUCUGAUUGGUCGUGCGUUACCUCCGGAACUCCACAGGGAACCAUUCUCGGGCCCCUAUUGUUUUUAUUGUAUAUUAAUGACAUAUCUGAAUUCUUAUCAUCUACAGUAAAAUUAUAUGCAGACGACACGAAGAUCUACAGAGAGAUAAUUGACCCUAUAAAAGAUAGUCAGCUUCUUCAGGAUGAUCUUAAUAAUCUUAGCGCAUGGGCUCGUAAGUGGCAGCUACGUUUCAACGCAGACAAAUGCGAAUCUAUGCGAAUCACGCAUUUACGCGAUAAGUCGGUAACUAAUUAUUUCUUAGAAAAGCCCCUGAAAGACGUGACUAAUUUUAAAGAUCUCGGUGUCACACUAACUAGAGAUCUUUCAUGGGGCCAUCACAUAAGUAUCACUGUCAAUAAAGCGAACAAAGUUUUAGGUUCCAUUAAACGCUCAGUAGGCACCGCUAACACAAAUGUUUUUUCUAUGCUGUACAUGUCUCUGGUACGGCCAAUCUUGGAAUAUGCGGUACCUGUUUGGUGUCCUUACCUUGUUAAGGACAUCCAUGCCUUGAAAAAAUGUACAGCGAAGAGCCUCAAGACUCGCUUUAAAUCAACGCAAAGGAGAAAUGUCCUAUGAAGACCGAUGCAAACUGUUAAAAUGGCCCCUCUCUCUGACCGUAGAACUUACUUAUCUUUAGUCGAAUGUUAUAAGAUAGUUUUGGUUUUUAUCAUUUAAAUUUUGAAGACUUCUUUGAUACUGCCACGAUUCGGUCUACGAGAGCAAAUCAUCAAUACAAACUCUAUAUUAAACCAGCUAGACUUAAUUGUUACAAAAAUUCUUUUUUUAUUAGGAUUGUCAAAUUAUGGAACGAGUUACCGGGUGAUAUAGUGGAAGCUGACAGCUUUCAGCAUUUUAAAUCUAAACUUAAAUCGUACUUAAAUAUUUGAUUGUAAUGAUUUUGAUUUAUAUUUUGUCUUUUCUUUUAAGGGAGUUUUUACACAGGGAUAACCUCUUAACUUCCUUUUCUAGAAGUAUUUUCUUUUUAGUUUUAUUUGUAUAUAAUAGUUAUCAUCUGCUUCUGGAAUAAAUAAAGUAUGUAUGUAUGUAUGUAUGUAUGUAAAGGAGGAGGAACUUGGGCGAUUUCAAGGAGACGUGACAGGUUGAUGAUAAAAAGAUUGAUAAUAAUUAAUUUUUAGUUUUAAGUAAAUCAUUCCUUGAGGUGUAAACUGAAUUAAUUAUAUGAGUAGCAAGAAAACUCAAACACUAGCCAGUUAUUCCUUGUACUUUCCCUUUGGGCAGAGCUUUACACAAAUCCUUGGGGAAUUCACAGAGUCGCGCAAGCAAGAGGAGGUUGUGGCCUCUCCUUUGAGACAGAAAUUUCAUGCAUAAAAGUCUGGUAACACUCUUACAGAAAGAGAAAUUAAACCGUUAAAGCGACAAUAUUUAGUUUUGGUUCAUAUAUUGUAGACUUAUAUUAAGAUUAUCAAUCAUCAAGCAGAAAAAAAAUCAAACGUUACGUUACGAAAAAGUUUAAUCGUUUCUUUUCGUUAGAUGCUCUCGUUUCCUUUCAGAAACAAAAACCACUGCACUGAAAUGAAUAGAGUUAUUGAUGAAUAUAUUCACUGUUUUGCCUUGCUUCUUCAUUCAGAUGACGUCGAACCUUCAUCUCGACCCAGGACCUCUUCGGGUACAUCUUUGGGAGCGAGCUCUGGUUACCAGUCUGAGGAAGAGCCUGACGAAUCAAGUAAGUCCUGGAUUUUCGGUGUUAGUUAGCAACGUGCACGAUUCUUGUGAAAAUUAUGAUAGCAAUACAAUAAAUGUUAUAUUUUUUAGUAAAUAUCAGUGUAAAUAUUCUGAGUGAAUCUUCCUGUAAUAACUAACUAAGAGAUUUUUCCUUUUUAGUGAAACGCUGAAUCCUUUCACCUUGGCACUGAGGUUAAUGAUUGUAUUUUGAACUAGCUUUAUCAGCAAGAAAAAGUUUCAUAUACAUCAACUGCUUUAAAAACACUUUCAAUCUUAGUCAGGCGACACUUAAUUAUAUCUAUGUAAUGUUUUGGAAUAUCAAGCAUCUAUUUUUAAAAUACAUUGCACUGAUCAGUGAAUCAGUGAGGUAACUUUCUGCUGAUUUUUUUUCUAUUGAUCCAGGUUUGGAGAUUAUUCAAAUGCCUCAAUCUCAAGCCGUGCAGGAAGGGAAAACAUUGGUGCUGAGUUGUCGAACCCGGGGUCUACCGGAUAUUCGUUACCGUUGGGUUAAGGACGACAUUGAAAUCCCUGGGGCCAAUCGUUCGGACCUGGUGCUGAGCUCAGUUAGGAUGGAGGACUUUGGACGUUACUUUUGUCGUGUGUGGGAUAAGAGUGGAUCUGUUACUUCAGAUAUCGCUGAAGUCGAUGUAUUCCCUGCUCCUGGAAUGAGUAAGUACUUUUUCCUGUUGUUUUUUCGUUAAAAAAAGAAAACAGAAAAAGGGAAAAAGGAGUUAGAGAACAUUUACAAGAUAAAUCCUCUGAAAAGGGUAGAGAUUAAGGAAGGCUUGCAUUUGCUACACGAAUGUUACUCGUGAAUGUUCAGUUGAGCACUGUUUGUGACUGAGGGUCAGAAUGCUGACGCCUUCAACUUUGCGAAAGGGACUUUGAGCGGACGAAACGCCUCGUCAUACCAGCAACAAACCAUUUUCAUACUGAAGCAUUUGUCAAUUUUUUAUUUUGUGCAAACAUAAUUUUUCAGACUUUUUAGUGACAACCAAACAGGAAUUCGAACCGACUUCAUGUAAACAAGGCAAUCAAAAUGGCAUUCGAAAGACGAGAAUUCAAAUUAUCCCUAAUUCUGUGUGUUAAUUCAUGAAUAACCGAAUGGAUGAACAAGUUCUCCCAAAAUAAAUGAAUAAAUUUGCAUUAUAUCAGACAUUUAAAUCUCCCCACAUAAACUCACCUCUAACCACUCAUUUUAUUUUGAUCUUUACAUAGGAUUUAGAGGUUUACAUGAGACAAACAUGGAGACAAAACAAGCCAUCAUUGACCUGCUCAACAAGAAGCGCCUUCCUGGCCUGGCGUCAUGGAAGCAAGUGGCACGAAGGUAUGGAAUGAGAGAAAAGGAAAUCUCCUUUUUAGAAAGCGCAAAAAACCCAGCAGGAGCUAUGUUGGAGAGUCUGGCCUCCCUUUCGCCUAAUAUCACUGUUUAUUUCAUCUGUAAGACCUUUAAGGAGACUGGACUCAGACGGAUGGAUGUUGUUAACGUCUUGUCGAGGCAUGUUGUGACGCCCAUGAAGUCAACUCAAUAGAGCCAACCCUAAUUUUCCUCAACCUAGUCAAAACAACUGAUUAAGGUUGUGUUCUGUCUUUCACCUUGCAUUCUAUCAUUCCACGCUCGCUCAAAGAAUAAUUCGUUGAAUGUGCAGCCCCUCCAGUUUAAUGUUUUCCUAAUUUAAUUGUAAAGGCAGACACACGAUACAGAAAAAUAGCAGUAAUUUUAUUGCCUGAUUUGGUUAAACAAAGAGU